ACUAGGUAAUUUGGAUACGCCUCGUCCGUUGACGCCCAUUUCCGCUGUACUGCUCGCGGACUCGCAGUCGCCAUUUUCCAGCGGAGAAUCUGAAGGAGCAGUAGCUGUAAACAUGAGCGGUUGUCGUGUCUUCAUCGGGCGCUUGAGUCCCCACGCCAGGGAGAGGGAUGUGGAGAAGUUUUUCAAAGGCUACGGGAGGAUUCGGGAAAUCAGCCUGAAGAAUGGCUUUGGGUUUGUGGAGUUUGAAGAUCACAGAGAUGGUGAUGAUGCAGUCUAUGAAUUAAAUGGCAAGGAACUCUGCAGUGAAAGGGUCACCAUCGAGCAUGCGCGCUCUCGCAGAGGGCGGGGGGGUGGAGGCGCUGGAGGAGGUGGCAGGUUCUCUCCCCGCUUUGGCAGCUAUCGCCAGUCUCGCAGCAGUGGCUCACGGUAUGGCCCCCCAGUGCGCACAGAACACAGAAUCAUUGUUGAAAACCUCUCUUCUCGGAUAAGUUGGCAGGAUUUGAAAGAUCUGAUGAGAAAAGUUGGUGAGGUGACUUUUGUGGAUGCUCACAGAACCAACAGGAAUGAAGGUGUGGUUGAGUUUGCCUCUCGCAGUGAUAUGAAGAAUGCUAUUGAUAAACUAGAUGGGACAGAGCUGAAUGGACGCAAGCUCAGACUCACUGAGGAUCGCAAGAGGAACCGGAGCAGAAGUCGCUCCCGAUCCCGUAGCUACACCCGGUCCCGCAGCCGGUCUCACUCCAGGAGUCGCUCCAGGUCCCGGAGCCGCAGCAGGAGCCGCAAUCGCAGCCGCACUCGUACUCGCUCGCGCUCUCUGAGCCGCACCCCGGAGAAGAAGACCACGGGCCGCAGUGGCCCCCGCUCUCCUUCCCGGUCCAGGUCCCGGUCCAGAUCCAGAUCUGCAUCCCACUCUCCCCCGCCCCCAAAGAGACAGUCCCGCUCCCGCUCUCGCUCCCACUCUCGUUCUCGGUCCCGGUCCCGCUCCCGCUCUCGCUCACAGUCUGCCGAGACUCAGCAAUGAGGUCAGCUGCACUCGGCAAGUCUAGAUUACGCAUUUGCAGUGUGGCUACAGUCAGUGAUGUUCAAAACAAUACUGGAGGCAGGUGCUCUGAAGUUUUUAACUUUGUUUUCAAGGUGAGUCUUGGUAGAUCCUGUGACUGCAGUGAUCACAAAAAUUUCUUUGCAGUCCCAAACUACUUCAUUUGGUAUUUUCAGACUGCAGUUGACCAACUUUUUAUUUUUGCAUUUCCAGCUAUCUAGAAUUCUACUGGAUGGUAUUUGUAUUUGCCCUGCUAUUUUCCUCCUGGUGCAUACUAUAAUUUUCCUGUCAAAGAAGCCUCAACCCUUUUGUGUUUUUGACUUAAUGUAAAGUAGUUUUUCUUCUGAUAUUAUGUAUACUUGCAGUAAAUGUCAGAAUUGUGCAAAACCAUUGUUUUGUAAUUAUCCUUAUUGGUCUUUAUACUGCCAUUGUAGCUAGGGCUUCUGAUUUUUUUUAUGUUCAAUAAAGACCAUUAAAACACUUGUGGUGUAGGGAGAUUAAAUUAGUUUUCCCAAUAAACACUGCAAACUGGAGUUUUUUGGUUUACAUUGACUUCACACUUUCUCUAUACAGUUUGAAAUGCAGAUCAUCCCACAUAUUGACUGCACUCAACUCUGUAGAUCUGGUGUAAAGACUUGUCUAGAUUAAAACAGUUGUAGAUGCACCAUGGAUUUUAAAAACACUGGGAGCUGUUUUCACACAGGUCUAAAUUAGCCCUGUGUUAGGCAAGAUUGUCUAGAACUAGAGCUGUCUGGAGUUUUGUAAACCAACCCUAAUUGUGCAAAAUAUUGCAAAAAAGUAUUUGGUCACAAUUCAGUGUGCUCCUGAUCACACCAUGAAUAUUAAUGAAAUAAAGGAGGUAGUGUAUAAGUAUUGCCGGGUUACAAGAUCUUUUACCCAGUGAGUGACUAAAAAUGCAAUUCUGUGUUUCCAGAAUACCUGUAGUCUAAAGUUAUAAAUUUGGUCUUGUAUAUAUGCAGCAAUAUAAACACUUUGAUAUGGAUACCAAAUGUACUGGAGAAUGCAUUUUCAAAGUUUCUGACAACACAAAAGUAGUUAAAAGCAUAGGCCCUGUGUAUUUUAAAUGGUACUUUUGAUUCUUCAAUAACAAGGGUUCUCUGAGGCAAAAUUAGAUGGUUUUUACAGGAAGAUCAGGGUCAUUCUCAUGUAAAACUAUGGACCUACUUGGAGUUGGACUAAAUUGGUCAAGGUAAGCUCGUAAUUAGCUCAGUUCUCAAUGCAGGUAUGAAAUUAAACCAAGUUAACACUGUAGCCCUCCACAACUGGAGUUGCUUUGCUGCAUUGACAGGUGAAACGUGGUGGUAGUUUGGUCUGUAAUAUAUCUUGCUUUCUUCAGUUUCGAAGAUAUUAAAUUUGCAAUUGAUUGUAGAGAUGCUUAUUGAACCGUAAAGCUUCAUAAACAUUUAGCACCCUCAAGAUGUAUAUGCUGUGGGAUGCAGUCCUGUUGUACAGUUUUUUCUGGGGUAUAAAUUUUGAGAAUGGACUUGGAAGUUACUGUUGACUUUAGAUCUAAAUUCUUUUGCUAUGAAACUAAUUUCUUCGUGGGGGAGCUUUUUUAAUACACAACUUUGUAGAUUCAGUUCUUCCACUCCCUAGUCUUUGUCCACUUUGUGUAACACAAGAGUUGCUGAAAACCUGCUGGUGAUGGCAGGUUAAUGUCAAGAUUUGUCCGAUGUUGAGUAUUUAAACUGUGAAAUGGAUUUAUUGCUUUAAUAAAAAAAACUGAUGAUCAAUA